UGUGUAAACAUGUAAUAAAUUAUUUGCGCCAACCUAAAUUCUUCGAUAACAAGGGGUGGUGGGUCGAUAAAUUUGCACUAAACAACCCUGAUGCGCAGUGCUGGGAGAAUGAAAAAAGUGACAUAAAUGGCGGAAUUGUGCUCAAGCGCCAACAUUUGUAUUUAAUUGAGAUUUAUCAACAAAAUAAGCAAAUAUUUUCAUUGUCCAAACUUAGAGUAUACAAAGUGUGGCAACCAAUUCGUCAGCAAUCAUCACACAAACGGUUUUAUUUAAGCGCGCGCCAUGUACAAGCGUAAAUCUGCAGCUAUGGUCGCCAAGCAGCAGCAGCAGCAGCGGAUCAUUGCCAGCAACAGCAGCAGCAGUAGCCCUGAAGCUGAUGACUCUGUUGCUGCAGCUGAUCUCGAGAUGGAGAUGGAUGCAAAACCAUAUGACAGUUUCCACAUAGAACUGUCGUCACCGGAAAAACAACAAAAACAAACGCAGCAGCAGCCACAACAGCAAUCACAAUCCUCCCAAUCGCAGCCCAGUCAACAGCGCUCAGUGGGUUCGUUAGUGUUAUUGACCCAGAAAUUCGUCGACCUGAUGAAACAGAAUGGCGGCUCAAUAGAUUUGAAAGAGGCCACAAAAAUCUUGGAUGUGCAGAAGCGACGUAUUUAUGAUAUCACCAAUGUCCUCGAGGGCAUUGGCUUGAUAGAUAAAGGCAGACACUGUUCACUAGUGCGCUGGCGUGGCGGCGGUUUCACGAAUGCCAAGGAUCGCAAAGAUUAUGAUGUGGCUUGUGAGCGCACAGAUCAUCUGAAAACCAUUGAAGAUGACUUGGACAGACAACUGGAGUAUGCGCAACGCAAUUUACACUUCAUCAUGCAGGAUCCUAGCAAUCAGUCCUACGCAUAUGUAACGCGCGAUGACUUGCUGCAGUUGUAUGGGGAUGAUUCCGUCUUUACCAUACCCAACUAUGACGAAGAAGUGGAGAUUCAGCGCAAUGAAAGUGAGCUGCGUGUUUCGUUGGAUAAUGGCAGUACAAUCGAUAUACGUCUGGUAACCAACCAGGGCAAAGCAACAGCGAAUCCCCAAGAUGCCGACGGACCGUUUGAUGAGAGACACUUGGAUGCGUCGUCGCCAUCGCCAUCAGCACCAUCGUCACCGUCACACUCGAGCGAUGAUGCAGGUGUCGUAAUGGGCGGCACUGGUAACGUCAUCAAAGAUGAGCAUACUUAUUCUUGCAAUCCUGAACUAAAGGAUGAGAUGAAGGCUUUAGAAAAUGAACUGACAGCGAAAAUCAUAUUUCAAAAUUAUAUGGCCGGCCAUUCACUCAGGCGAUUUUAUCCAGACGAUCCGAAUCUAGAAAACCCGCCACUUGUGCAGCUGAAUCCACCUCAAGAAGACUUCAAUUUUGUACUGAAAAAUGACGAAGGAAUCUGCGAGCUUUUUGACGUACACUGCUAAGGCGUUUAGAGCUCGCAAUUGUAUGUGGCCGAGUGCGUUGUGCAAAUAAUUAAGUUUAGUAAAAUUUUGACCAUUAAAUAUUGUUUUAUACUGUAGACAUUUUAAAUUAGAUUAAUUGUAAAUGUACUUUUUGGGCCAAUAAAAAUACGUCUAUACGUAUGCAUG